AUGGAUUCCGGUGCUCCUCAGACUGCUCCUACCGGCAAUGUCAGCGGCCGUCGCCGAAGCUCAGGCUUCAUGCCAGCCUUCGCCAGCCUCAGCGAACAGAAGCGAGCCGGUGAUGCCAACGCCGCCCGUCGUGCGAGUAUGUCGGACCAACAAGCAAAGGGUGGCUUGUUCAGCCAGUUUUUCCACAACAACUUCGGCAAGAACGCUGCCAAAUAA